CACUCUGCAGCUGGUCGCCGGGGACCCGGUCCCUCCCGCGCGCCCGAGUGAUGGAGGGGAAGAGAUUCGCUUAGACACACACACGCUCACACAGCUGGGCACGUCUCUGGGAGGCAGCUGCCGGCUGGGGAGCGCCAGGGGCUGGGCGGUGGCCGUGACAGCGCCAGCCGCUGGAAGCUGGGAGCCUGCACAGCUUGGCACCGGUGGCUCCAAGACCCAAGAAGGGAAGAAGCGAGCUACACUGACUGUUGCUCUUUGGGGCGGAUCGGAAAGGAGCAGGCUUCCCAAGGAGCUGUCACAGAGGACACCGGAGGCUCUGCCCUCAGCGCACUGAGUCCGGGGUUGCCCUGGUGCCCGCGCGGUGCGAGGAGGAUGCGCCCUUCCUCCCGCAGAGUGGCUGCGGGCCCCGGCAGUGCGCGGACUCGGGCUCCGGCGGCCGCCCGUACCGUGUCCGCGCCGCGGGAGCGCGCCCUGCCGCACCUGGCUCCUGUCUCCCAGGGAAGUGCUGGAAACGCUCCUUAAACUACACUACGCACUUCUCGCCCGCUUCCUCCUCCGGCAGUUCCCCACCCCGGACCUCGCAGCCGCAGCAGCGGUCGCCUCCUGAGUGUCGGCCCGCCCGCCUCUUACUAUAAGCGCGCACGCACAGCCCCGUUUGCUCGCUCGGCUUCACGCAGACUCUCUCUGCCGCGCCCAAACCCGGGCAUCCGAAACUACUGGACCAACUGCCGCUGGGACUGCAGGAGCCGCCCAGUGGCCUGGUGCGACCCGCCGCGGGCCCCCGGGCUCUGGGCUCCCGCCUGUGCCUCUGCCGCCGCGGACGAUGAUAUAAUCAAGUACCCAGAGGCUUCAGAGUCGUCUUCCCUGCUCAGUGGUGUUUCUGGUGUCCACCUAAGGAGUCUCCUUGUCCAGCCUUGGAGCACUUGGAAAUCAAACAGAAAAUCCACUUCACAUACUCUUCUUGAAAAUUUCCCUCAUAUAUGUUCAGACCUUUCUGAAUAAACAUAAGGAUUUGAAGGUACUAACAAAAGGGAACAAGCCCCAAAGACAGGCCAUAAGUGAGGAAAGGCCAUGGAACAGCCACCAACCAGAUAAUCGUCGCUGGAACAAUUGGGAAGUGUCUGAAUGUAGAGUCACCUGGUGGGUACAGCUUUGACAUAUGAAUUCGGAGGAGACAAAUUUCAAUCCAUAGCAUGGCUGAAGUAUGAUGAAGAGAAGGAAGUGGAGUGACUCUGGAAAAUAAGGAAGUGAAGUUUCCUGGAAAAUAAGGAAACUUAUUUUCAAGGAAUGGUUAUAAAGCUAAACCACAGACUCUAAGCUGCUGCAGAAGUCCUGAAGGUUGAUGGAGGGCCAUGCUAUUCAAACAGCAGGCGUGGCUGAGACAGAAGCUCCUGGUGCUGGGAAGCCUUGCUGUUGGGAGUCUCCUGUAUCUAGUUGCCAGAGUUGGGAGCUUGGAUAGGCUACAACCCAUUUGCCCCAUUGAAGGCCGAUUGGGAGCCCGUGGGCAGGCGGAAUUUCCUCUGCGUGCCCUGCAGUUUAAACGAGGCCUGUUGCAUGAGUUCCGGAAGGGCAACGCUUCCAAGGAGCAGGUUCGCCUUCAUGACCUGGUCCAGCAACUCCCCAAGGCCAUUAUCAUUGGGGUGAGGAAAGGAGGCACAAGGGCCCUGCUUGAGAUGCUGAACCUCCAUCCAGCAGUGGUCAAAGCCUCUCAAGAAAUCCACUUUUUUGACAAUGAUGAGAAUUAUGCCAAGGGCAUUGAGUGGUAUAGGAAGAAGAUGCCUUUUUCCUACCCUCAGCAAAUCACAAUUGAAAAGAGCCCAGCAUAUUUUAUCACAGAGGAGGUUCCAGAAAGGAUUUACAAAAUGAACUCAUCUAUCAAGUUGCUGAUAAUUGUCAGGGAGCCAACCACAAGAGCUAUUUCUGAUUACACUCAGGUGCUAGAGGGGAAGGAGAGGAAGAAUAAAACUUAUUACAAGUUUGAGAAGCUGGCAAUAGACCCUAAUACCUGUGAAGUGAACACAAAAUACAAGGCAGUAAGAACCAGCAUCUACACCAAACACUUGGAAAGGUGGUUGAAAUACUUUCCAAUUGAGCAAUUUCAUAUUGUCGAUGGAGAUCGCCUCAUCAUGGAACCUCUGCCAGAACUCCAGCUCGUGGAGAAGUUCCUAAAUCUUCCCCCAAGAAUAAGUCAAUACAAUUUGUAUUUCAAUGCUACCAGAGGGUUUUACUGCUUGCGAUUUAACAUUAUCUUUAAUAAGUGCCUGGCUGGCAGCAAGGGGCGCAUUCAUCCAGAGGUGGACCCCUCUGUCAUUACCAAAUUGCGCAAAUUCUUUCAUCCUUUCAAUCAAAAAUUUUACCAGAUCACUGGGAGGACACUGAACUGGCCCUAAAAUAAUGUCAUACAACACCAUGUGUUGUGCCUGAAGACACUCAAUGUCUCCUCUAGAUUAAGAUAUGCACUUUUCCAAGCCACAACUACCCAAGUCAUUUUUCCAUCUCUACUUGUACAUAGGCAGUAUGUGACCAAAUAUAGGAACAGCUCUUUUUCUACUGAAAAUUUACAAAAGUAAUUUGCCGUCUGCAUAGUUGCAUCUUUUAAACUUGUUACUAAAUGAAGAGGUGGUGAUAUUGGGGGAAAGUGACUUCAGCUGUUCUCAAAGAGUUAGUCUUCCCUUGAGUCAGAAGUUGUCACCCGCCAUUUUCAUUAAUUUAAGCCAAAAGAUUAAUGUAUAAAAUGUACCAAUGGCUGUGAAGCUGCAGGAAGUAGAGGAUUCAGUUAUGCAUUCUUUUCUAAGGGAAAGAUGGCUCUCUAAUUCAGAUGCUGAAUUGGUGCCAUGAAAACAGAAAAUGCUAUUUUCUUAUGAUUUAAAAGAAUGUCUUAUCUCAUAAAAUUGGCAUUGUUCCAAAGUCCCUGUGGUGAUUUUGCACUAUUGUUUUUCGUCUGGACCAUGGUGUCACUUGUAGCAGGUCAUACAUUGGAAAGUCGAGUCCUUUUACUUCCAUGUUUUAUGUCAACAAAGAAAAAUGUCAUGUACAUAAUGUAUUUAAUUGUAAAUACUGGUUUCACACUAAGUAAUUCUAUUUUGUAAACUAAAUAUGGCUAUUUAAUUUAUUGUGAAAAUUAAAUUUAUUGUGGUAUUUAAAAAUGGAAUGGAUUAAAAUUACCCUAUGUGCACCAUUUUUUUUAACUCAUUUUGUUUUACAUGCUCCUUGCUGGCUCCCAACCUCAAAGCUGUCUAUGUGCGUGUUGAGAGCACCUGGGAAUGUGCACUUCUCCACUGGAUUUCUGAACCCUCGAGAAAAUGUAUUUAUGAAGUGAGGUUGAAUAUAUUUUUAAAAAUCUCAACUAUCUGGAAAGCUAGUGUAACAGCCUCCUCAAAGAACACUAAUGCUGGUCUGCUGCAACUUUAUAAAAGUUAAUUUCCUUGCAGUUGCUGCUGUGCUAGGAGAAAAACAAGAAAUACUUUAACAUAAUCAAUGCAUAGAGAAUCACAAUUCUAUCUCAGCCUCUAAUAAGAGUCAGACCAGUACAGAAAUUGAGUGAAAUAAGAUUAGAAAACUUGUGUGGCCUCUGCACUGAAAGCUGCUGAUGCUUCAGAAAUGAAUACAAACUCUCAGAACUCCCUCUUUGAGAUGAAAAUAUUAUCAGUGUUCUCGGCAAUGAUCGAAUUGCAUCGUGUUGUUAUUACUAACACAAACAUUUGGCUCAUAUUUCCAUCCAGAGAAAUUAAUGCUAAAUUGGGUGCUUGCUAGCAUCAAAUACAUUAUAUUACGUUUAAAUAUGAUUCAGAAAACCAUGGAAAGAGGUGUCAGGAAAAAAAAAAAGAUGGAUUUUUCCCCAAUCACAAUUGCUUACCCAGCGGAAGACACUUGAGAGAGUUUAGUCCAGCAUCACAUUGAGAGUGCCUAGAGAAAUCAGCAAGUUAAAAUGGAUGCCUUUUUGAUUGUAAUACGUGUUGAUUUUCUCCGUGAGUUGUUUAUCCUGUCCAGUGAUUUGAUGGUGAACUUUUAAAAAUAAAUAGCC